UGUUUACAGCAUUUUGCAAACAGAUUGAUUUUGCAAUAGCUCUUAAAUGUAUAAUCAAGCUCCCCACACAGAUCAGUCAGCAGAGACGCUUCCCAAAGAGCACAACUUCUACAAAAACUUUGUCCAGUAUCCUGGUUUGUUUUCACUCGGGAUCUCAUCUCUUCGCGUAGACCAUGGCGGCUGCACAGGUGUCGGUCCCAAGCCUGACGACUUCCUCUGUGGACAUGGAGGACUACAGCCUUUAUGCUAACAUGUCUGAGGAGCAGCUCCUUCAGCUAGCUAUUGAACAAAGUCUCGCUGAUGCUAAUACUCAACAAUUCUGCUCUCGGGCCCCAAGACAGAUAGCUCAUUUUUCACAUAUCUCACAGUCUCUGAACAUACAACCUCCUGCGAACCCACCUGCGAACCCACCUGCGAACUCACCCGCUAACCCACCUGCUAACCCACCUGCUAACCCACCACUCAAUCUGUCAACAAGUAAGAACCAAUCUUCAAGAAUCACCCGGGAUGAUCAACACCAUUACUUCAGAAAGGACAAUGAGGAAGUGGUUGCUUGGAAAAGACAAAAUGGAUUUCUCAGGGUUACUGUCGAACCAUUCAAGGAUUUAGACCCUUUUCUCACAGCAAUUUGGAAAGGAGAUGCUAAGGCGCUAAGUGCUCUAAUACAGACCAAGUCCAGAAACAUUUUGGAAGCAAAUCAGGAGGGUUGGCUUCCCCUGCAUGAGUCUGCCUACUAUGGCUAUAUUGAUUGUCUAAAGAUUUUGCUAAGUGCCGAACCAGGGACAAUUAACAGAAGAACCCUAAAGAACCAAACGCCGCUUCUUCUGGCCGUGACUCGCCAACAUUUAGCUUGUGUCAGUUAUCUCUUGGAGAAAGGUGCUGAUGUCAACCUGGCAAACAUCCAAUGGGAGACUCCACUGUACAAAGCUUGUGAAAAGGGAACCGAAGAAGCUGUUGCUCUUCUGAUAAGACACGGAGCAUCAACCAACAAGGCAACUGAGCAAGGCUCAACACCAUUGCAUGAAGCAGUAGCAAGCAAAAAGGUGGAGAUAUGCAAGAUGCUACUGCAAGCAAAGGCAAAUCUGAUGGCUAAAAACAUUUAUGGCAUAGAUCCUCUAUUCACAGCAGCUCAGUGUGGUGUUUCUGAAGUUCUUAGCUUCCUGAUCAUGAAAGGUGCAGACGUCAACACUCAGGCUAACGAUGGUGCCUCGGCCUUGUAUGAAGCCUCUAAAAAUGGUCACACAAAAGUUGUGGAAAUACUCUUAUCCAAUAGGGCUGAUGCUAACAAAGCUAACAAAGCUGGACUACUUCCUAUUCAUGUUGCUGCUAAAAAUGGACAUGAUGGAAUUGUUGCCAUGCUAAUACCAAGAACUAGCAAGGCCAAAAUGAAACACUGUGGCAUAAGUCCUCUUCAUAUGGCUGCAGAACGCAACAGAGACAAUAUUCUUGAGAUGUUAAUAGAGGCCGGUUUUGAUGUCAACUUCAUGCUGUCGGAGAAUUGGUCCAAAAUGUAUGAGGAUCGUCGAAGCACCGCACUCUACUGCGCUAUUUGCAACAGUAAUGUUGAUGCAACCACAAUGCUCCUGGAGGCUGGUGCCAACCCAAACCUGGACACUUUCAAUCCUCUUCUUGUUGCUGUGAGGAAGGGCCGCAUAGAAAUUGUCAAGCUUCUGGUCGACUAUGGUGCACAUAUCAACUCCAUCCUUCGAACUCAUCCUACUGACUUCCCAGCUGCUCUGAUUUUUUGCCUGAAACACUUACCAAUGUUUAAGUACCUCAUGGAUAAUGGGUGCGAUGCCCUAUCGUGUUUUAAGUGUGACUAUGGCAGCAAUACUCACCCACCCAUUAAAUCCAACAGUGAUGGAAGGGACAGGCAAUAUUACAUCAGUGAUGAAACUCCAAACAGCAGCAUACAGUUCUGCGAGGUGAUCUCCAAGCCAUCAUUCACCAGUUGGGCUGGACCCAUCAUAGACAUACUGCUAGACUAUGUGGGUCACGUGAAGCUCUGUUCCAGACUUAUUGAACACCUGGACAGUUAUAGUGACUGGGCUCAAAUCAAAGAGAAAGCAAUGCUUCCUCGCUCCCUGAUGCAUCUCUGCAGGAUAAGUAUUCGUCAGCAGCUGGGAAUCCAGAGACUAAGACAGAUGAACAGACUUCCUCUGCCUGGGAGGCUUAUCAGGUUUUUACGCCAUGAGAGCGAAUUCUUUUCUGAUAUUGUGUAAAAUGUUGGACUAUAAAUGUGAAAAAUGUCUCGGUAUUUUUCAGAUGCUUCUAUUCUUUUUGAAUAAUUGAAGCCACGGGUUUGCAAAAGAUAAUAUAAAGAAAUAUCCUGAAAGCUUCUCAAAGCUAUUAAAGAUGUGUAAAUUCAGCUUUCUAAUGUUAUGACACAGUCGUUUUAUUAUGUGUUUAGCCAAGCCAGCUGUUUUGUUUCAUGUCACAUAAAAUAUUUUAAAAUCUUUUUACACUUUAUUUUAUUCAAUUUUGUUUCUGAUUCUGAUUGGUAGAUUAUAGAUUAAAAUACAAAGUUAAUUAGUUUAUUAUGGGAUGCCUAGUCAUAGUCAUUAAAUGAACCCAAUUCCAUAUGAUAUUUUAUUACAUUUAUAGUAUAAUUAAUCUAAUGUAGUAUAAUAAUAAUUAUUAUUAGAACAGGCAUACAUAUGAAAGCUGAAGACUGUGUUAUAAAAUAGAAUCGAUGUUAUAAAAUACACAAGGUUGUACUUUAUAUUCUGUGGAAUAAUGUACAGAAAGUGGAUAUGUGUAUAAUAUUCUAUAUGAUGUAUGAUUAAAUGUUUGUGCGACAACUUUCUGGUUGAUUGAAUA